AUGGAAAUAGUGGGGUGCCGAGCCGAAGGAAACGCGUGUCCCUUCCGUUCCCCAGCCAUGCUUUUCCACGGCAUCUCCGGAGGCCACAUCCAGGGGAUCAUGGAGGAGAUGGAGAGGCGGACCAAGACCGAAUCCCGCCUGGCUAAAGCGGGACAGAUGAAUGGCCGGGAAGCGAACAUGCCUCCACUGAGCCCCGAGAAGCCUGCCCUGUGCGCAGGAUGCGGGGGAAAAAUCUCCGACCGCUACUACUUGUUAGCUGUGGACAAGCAGUGGCACCUCCGCUGCCUGAAGUGCUGUGAAUGUAAACUGGCUUUGGAGUCAGAACUCACCUGCUUUGCCAAGGACGGCAGCAUUUACUGCAAGGAGGAUUAUUACAGAAGGUUCUCCGUGCAGCGCUGUGCCCGCUGCCACCUGGGCAUCUCUGCUUCGGAGAUGGUGAUGCGGGCCCGGGACUCGGUCUACCACCUCAGCUGCUUCACCUGCACCACGUGCAACAAGACGUUGACGACAGGCGACCAUUUUGGCAUGAAGGACAACGUGGUCUAUUGCCGGGCACAUUUUGAGAGCCUGCUCCAGGGCACCGACCCAGCCUCCUACCCACCGGCGUCACUCAGCUACACCGAGCUGGCAGCCAAGGGUGGCGGCUUGGUCCUGCCUUACUUCAAUGGCACCGGUACAGUCCAGAAAGGCCGGCCUAGGAAAAGGAAGAGCCCAGCUCUGGGUGUUGAUCUGGUCAGCUACAGUUCAGGUUGUAAUGAAAAUGAGGCAGACCAUCUGGACAGAGACCAGCAGCCUUAUCCCCCAUCUCAGAAGACUAAGCGUAUGCGUACUUCUUUUAAACAUCACCAGCUCCGUACCAUGAAGUCCUACUUUGCUAUUAAUCAUAAUCCAGAUGCUAAGGACCUCAAGCAGUUAGCCCAGAAGACUGGACUAACUAAGAGAGUUCUGCAGGUUUGGUUCCAAAACGCAAGAGCCAAAUUCAGAAGGAAUCUUUUGCGACAGGAGAAUGGGGGUGUUGAUAAAGCUGAUGGCACGUCACUUCCGGCACCGCCCUCAGCAGACAGCGGCGCUCUCACUCCACCCGGCACUGCAACCACUUUAACAGACCUGACCAAUCCCACUAUCACUGUAGUAUCAUCAGUGACCUCUAACAUGGACAGCCACGAUUCCACGAGCCCCUCACAAACUACCUUAACAAAUAUUUUCUAA